CGUUUCUCGAUUCUUCCACCCUGCAGCUCUUUUUCAAUUUAUAUCAUUCCAUCCCUCCGUCCCUUUCCCCAUUGGUGUUGUCCUGUCUAGUUCAGAUCGCCUCUGUCCGGAGGUCUCUCUUCAACAACGCAGAGCGAGCAAAGUUCCUUUCACAUUUGGUCGAUGGAGUUAAGAGGAUACUAGCAAACCCACAGUGUUUACCAGAUCCUAAUAACUACCACGAGUUCUGUCGUCUGCUGGCGAGGCUGAAGAGUAACUACCAGCUGGGGGAGCUGGUCAAAGUAGAGAACUACCCUGAAGUUAUUCGCCUCAUAGCCAACUUCACCGUCACCAGUCUGCAG